AUGACGGGAAUCCAUUCAAAUAGCGAGGCAAGCACCCCGUUCGGCGGGGACAGAUACCCGGCCAGCACCUUAUCAUCGACGCCCCUGAAGCCGCCAACCCCGCUUGCCGGUCAACCACUGGAAGGCCCUCCUGUGGCUGCCGAGAGAUGGCCGACACCACAAGACCUGUCUCAAGCGUCCAUCUCGCCCGAUGACCGAGCGUGUUUGGGCGAUCUAGACGUUGUGACUUUAGGAAUGGAGUUUGUGUUGAAGUAUGGCACGCUUGCCUGGAGGAAACACCCAUUGUCGUUUGUCCGCCAGAUGACUUACAUAUGA